AUGGCGUAUACAGGAGGACCGAUUAUGAUGUCAUUUGUUAUUGAUGAAUUGAGGAAGAAGACGUAUGAUUUAUCAGAUAUUUUAUAUGAAAUUCCUUGGGAGAAUAUGUCAAUAUCAAAUCAAAAAAUAGUAAUGCUUGUUUUACAAAAAAUGCAAAUCAUAAUGGACUUCAAGGCCUUUGGUGGAAUACGAGCUGGAAUCGCACCUAUGAUAUCGAUACUAAAAACCACUUUUUCAUACUACGUUAUGCUAAAGUCGACUGUGACAGUGGAA